GAAACCUAACGUUCAAAAUAACUUGCCAUUCAAUUCCCGGCCAAUCACAAACGAAACGGUUAGUUGUGGUACCACGAAAACCUACUAGUCUUCUCUACCAUGUCUCUCCCCUCUGAUCUAUUGCUUCUUGCCACAUCUCUCUCUCGCUCUCUCUCUCGGUAUCCACAGAGCAAACAUGUACAGGCCAGGGCUCUUACCGGCUUCCAGCAAUGCUCAACAUCAACGGUGGCGAGAGACUUGGGCACGACUGCUAGCUCCUUUGACUUUAUGGAUAUGUGUGUCAGUAAGCCUCCGAUAUGGCUACUAUGCGGAUUGCCGUAUGGUGCUUGGGCCAAGCUCUUCUCGAUUGAUGAAGGCUACUUCUCUGUUUGUAGAACAGGUUGAAGUUAGAGAUGAUAACGGGAAAGGGGCUCUUCUUUUUGGGUUCUCCGAGAAGCCAGAAUUAAACGGGGAAGCCAAUUGGAGCUCUUCAAAUUAUUUGAUUGUUGGAUCAUAUGGCCGCAAGGGAUACUAUUUGUGGUUGAACAAGGGUUCUAGAAUCUGCAUAAGAUGGGCAACUCAAACCAGUAGAUUAGACAAAAUUGAAGUGAUUAUGAUGAAAGGAGAAAGAAAACGUGAAACAUUGCUGCCAAACCUUUCGACUUCCUUUGAUGCCCUUUUCCUGAAUGAGUCAAUGAAUGGUAAAGAGGCGGAGUACACCAUUGAGGAAGAUGACAAGUACUAUGUUAGUGUGGUUAGCUCGAAUCCGAGAAGCAUAAUAAUGACAUUCAGUUUAAAUGUUACAUCAAAGGUUUAUGAUUUAACUAAAGCUAGCAACAUGUGUUCAACACUAAAUGGAUCAUGCCGGCUCAAACUUCUGUUUCCUGACACUCAGUAUGUCAUAGUUUCAACACCUGACAAUGGUGACCUUGCUGGAUCAUACAUUGAGCUAUCUUUUGUUGCUCGUGUUAUUACUUACAUAGCAAUUUUAGGUUUUUUCAUCAUUAUCAUUUUCCUGGUGCUGAAAUACCUUGGAGCAUGUGAUACUGAGACAACAGUAGUUGAUACCGCAGUUAGGGAAAUAUCCUGGAGGACUGAGACUGAACCUAUAUUGCCAGAGAAAACUGUUCACCUGACCUAUGGAACGACAGCAGAGGAAGACAAUGAUGAUGCUGAAACAGGAUCCUCUAGUAGCUCUUCAGAGGAUUUAUAUGAUGCAAAAUUAUGUGUAAUAUGCUAUGACGAUCAACGUAACUGCUUCUUCGUUCCUUGUGGCCACUGUGCCACUUGCUAUGAUUGUGCUCAAAGGAUUAUGGAGGAGGAUAACAAGAUGUGUCCAAUAUGUCGAAGACUCAUUCACAAAGCAAGAAGAUUAUUUAGUCCCUAGGAGCUAAUGAAAUGGGAUUGUAAAUUCAUGUUUGCAUUGUCACUACGGAGAGAGGUAGAGUCUUGCCCAUGGUAAAUGGAGUGCCGUUUUGGCUUUUUGUGAUUGCUCGGCCUUUAUGCAAAUAAUACCUCCCAAAGUUUAUAUUUCUCAGUCAAGCAGUAUGGAGAAUAUAUUGGCUUUAGCAGUUUGUAUUUGUUUUGGUAGCCAGAGCCAGCUCCCUUCUCAUAUCUUUAUCACUUGAGAAGGGCAUAGUCGUGUGUUAGUAAAUGAAUAUAAUGUGAUUGUCGUAUCAUUCUUAUCCAUUUGUUCUCAGAAAAGAUUGUGAAGCAGGCAGGACGAUAUCCAUUUCUAGACUGGAUUCAGUCACUUACAUAGGACUUGGUGAACAGGUUCAACUUCCUGUCCUCUUGUUUAUGGGAAAUGAAAGAAGUCAGUAAUAUAGAUGACAAUGUAACAUGAUACCAAAAAUUUCCUCACAAAUGGUGACUAGUGAAGGAUAUAUAGAUCGAAACCUUCUAGAAUACAUGUCCUUUGCUUUGAACGACUUCUUCACUUCGUAGGCCAAAAAGUGUUUGUCCCCAUGGUGAAAAUACGCGUUUGCUUUGCAGCACCAGGCUUCAGUACUUUGAACUCGACAGAGGAUGUACCCAAGGCAGGUGAAGCAUCUUCUAAUGUUUUGUGAAGGUUGAUGUCAUUAGGCCCUUUGAACCACAUUGCUCCUCUGAAAAUACAAUGACGAAAUUCAUAUUUCUUCCAUCACUAUGUUGAAUUAUUUUGCUAUUUUAGGUUGGAUGAGUCCCUGACUUUACAAGAAAAGAAAUAUCAAGGUAGAAGAUACAAAAACAGAGUCAUGGCUUUUGUAAUAUUUUUUGAGAAAGACCUAUCCUAAUGCAAACUCAAAGUUAUGUUUGUCAUCUACCACAGGUUAAUUUCUCAUCGUGUACUAGACUUUAUGACUAUCAUGAAUCAAAUUUUGACCUUUC